AUGAUCACUUGGAGAUUUCUACCCGCCCUGGGCUUGGCAUCUUCUGCUCUAGCUCAGUACGCCUUUUCGAAUGUCUCUGAGCACUGCUUGGAUCUAUUUGAUUUCAGAGGAGACAAGUCAAAGGAGGCAACAACUCACAUUCACUAUGUGAGCUAUGUCAGUGCCAAUUCCAGUGAAGGCACGCCGGCAUUAUGCAAAGUUAAUGGAGUGAUUGACAUGAAUAUCGGAUUUGAGAUCAAGCUUCCCGCUGAGGGGAGCGCAUGGGCUGGCGUGUGGUCUCAGAUGGGUUGCGGGGGAACAUGUGGAGAAAUUAUAGAGUCAUUUCCCCUUAACGCCAUUGGCUGGGAUGUUGACCAGCUCCAGCGAGGGUGGACCUUGGCAGUGGAUGACAUGGGCCAUGAAAACAUAGAUUCUUCCAACCUUCUUGACUUCUACUUCCUACGAAAUGACCGUCCUCAGCUGAUAAACUAUGGUCACCGAGCCACCCAUCUUCUCACUGUCGCCGGAAAGGCUAUGAUGGAAUUUUACUAUGGAGUUAAGCCAGUUCACUCGUACUUCCGCGGUCUCUCAACUGGAGGUCGUCAAGCAAUGAUCGCCGCUCAGAAGUAUCCUACCGACUUUGACGGCAUCAUCUCGCAAGCCGUCGAUGCCAACGAGACUGCUUUGUUCCUGAACUACGCCUGGGUUUAUGCUCAGGGAAUGUAUCCAAACUCAACCUCCAAAUUCAGCCUAGCCGACUUGCAGGUUCUUCAAAAUGGCUCCAGAGCCGCUUGCGAUGGUCUAGAUGGUGUUGUGGAUGGCAUUGUGGAUCCCAGCUUCCCUUGCGACUUCGAUCCAUCUAGCUUGCUAUGUGGCAAAAAUACCACAGUGGGGUGUCUGUCUGCGGUGCAAGUCGAUGCUGCAAAAGCCAUUUACGAUGGUCCAAGAGAUUCCAAGGGAAAUCGAAUCACUGGCCUUGGAAUUUAUAAUGGGUUCGAAACGAACUGGAUUCGCAACUUCUUGUCCUCAGACCCUGCCGAUUGGUACAUCACUGUCCUAACUGGUUUGACGAGCUACCUCUUUGAAGAUAGUCUACCUCUUCUCAAUUUUGAUGUGUGGAACUUUGACUGGGACAAUGUUCCGUCUGUACUUUAUGUCGACAGCAUUGUUUCAGCUUCGAAUGCUGAUUUGACCCUUUUCAAAGCAAAUGGUGGAAAAUUGCUGAUUACAGUCGGAUGGCAAGACUUCGAGAGUUGUCCUGAGGGUUUGAUCUCAUGGUACAAGAAAUCGCGCAAUACUAUGGGUGGUCAGAAAGAACUCGAUGAAUUUGUUAGAGUUUUCUUUGUGCCUGGCUAUGCCCAUGGCGUUGGACCCGGCUGUGGACGCUUUGAUAAUUUCUAUGACAUUAUUGAAAGCUGGGUUUUGAACGAUACUAACCCGGAAUACCUUAUUGGAGGUCACUACUCAGGCGGAGACUACGCCACCUCGGGUGGGACGCUAGAGUUUUCCCGCCGGGUUUAUUCGUGGCCGUACACCUCUAAACUGAUUCCUGGGAAAAACUCAUCACUUCCAGACUCGUGGGAGAAGCAUGGACCAGUCAAUGAGUCACUGUUCUUCAGGCAUUGA